AUGCCCUUGGUGCCGCUGAGCACCCCAGGGCUGUGCGGUGCCGGGCACUUGCCCUCCUACGCCUUUGCCUUUGCUGGCAUCCAGGGCAGCGAGUGGCGGGCCACGCCCAAGCCGGAGGCGCGGAAGCUCCAGGAGAAGCUGCGGGAGAUCACCGUGGAGCCGCAGGUGCUGGACAUUGGGGAUCGGGGCGAGGGCCGGCCAUUGAAACCUGGAGCGUACGUAAGGCCUGGCGAGGAGGAGCCGGCAGCUGCGCCUGACUUCACCGCCUGGGAGCCGGCGCCUUCCCCACCCCCGGCUUCACCACCGGCCCCCCCUCCCCCAGUGGCCCCGGCCCCGCCCCCACCCCCAGCGGCCCCGGUGGCGCCGGCGGCUCCGGCGGCUCCGGCAGCUCCGCCGAUCCCUCCAGCGCCGCAGCCGCAGGACGAGGCGAUCCCGACGCUGCCACCGUUGGGGGGCCUGAUGCCUGGGCUACAGGUGCAGUCGGUGACCGCCUCGCCCGCGCUCACGAACCAGUUUCCCCCACAGCAAGGGGCGGUAGCACCGCCAGCCCCGCCAGCACCGGCCGCCCCGGCAGCACCUGUGGCUCCUGGGGCGCCCGCAGCUGCUGGGGUGCCCGCACCCCUGGGGCGCCCGCAGCUGCAGCUGCGCCCGCAGCGGCUGGGAUGCUCACCGCCACGACUGCUGGCACGUUGGCGGCAGGCACUGCGCAGGCGGCCUCCGCAGCGCCCACUUGGAGCGAGGAGACCUUCCCCAACUUCCAGGUGGGCAGCAGCUGCGAGCAGAAGCUGUCGCACAUCGCAGUGGCAGCAGGCGUUUUGCAGCCGCAGCUGCGGCUCUACUUCCAGCCCUGCGACAAGGAGCCCCCCAGCGUGGUGGCGGUGGACUUGA